GCCGCGCUGGGCCCGGGCCGAGGGCCGAGCGCGGCGGCAGCUGCGGCGAGGAAGGAGCUGUGAGGGGACGCGGGCUCCGGCGAGCGGCCGCGGGGCCCACGGAGCCGUCCGGCGGGCUCCGCUGACUGGGGGGCGCGCCCGCCUGGCCGACGGGUCCGCCUCGGCGGGCGCCCAGGGGUCGAGUGCGCGGCGGACGCCGAGGAUCCAGGCUUCGGGCCUGAGAAAUACCUAUUCAAGAUGAUGCUGCAGAUUUGGGUCGUGCAAGCUUUGGUUGUUUUCCUCACCACUGAGUGUAUAGGUCAACUUGUGGAGUUGUGUGGUGUUAUCAGCCCUGAAUCUCCAGUUAUACGCAGUGGCUCUAAUUUCACUGCAUUCUGUGUGUUAAAGGAAAAAUGUAUGAGUGUUUAUGAUGUAAAUGCUUCUUACAUUAUCUGGAAAACAGACCAUGUUCAAGUUCCUAAGGAGCAGUACACCAUCAUCAAUACAACAACAUCCAGUGUCACCUUUACAAAUAUAGGUUUAUUAAACGUUCAGCUGAUGUGCAACAUUCUCGCGUACGGACAGAUGGAGAUGAGUGUCUAUGGAAUCAGAGUGCGCACCGGCUUUCCUCCAGAAAAACCUAAAAACCUGACUUGCAUUGUCAAUGAAGGGAAGAAGAUGUUGUGUCAGUGGGAUCCCGGGAGGGAAACACACCUGGAAACAAAUUACACUUUAAAGUCGGAGUGGGCAACAGAGAAGUUUAAAGAUUGUAAAGCAAAACCUGACAGCCCUGGCUCAUGCCUUGUUGAAUAUGCUCCUGUGUAUUUUGUCAACAUUGAAGUCUGGGUAGAAGCUCAGAAUGCCCUUGGAAAGGUUCAAUCUGAUCCUCUCAACUUUGAUCCUAUAGAUAAAGUGAAGCCCAGUCCACCUCGUAAUUUAUCAGUGAGCAACUCUGAGGAGCUAUCCAGUGUCCUUAAAUUAACAUGGCUCAAUCCAAGUGCUACGAAUGUUAUGAGGCUGAAAUACGACAUUCAGUAUAAGACCAAAGAUGCUUCAGCGUGGAGCCAGAUUCCCCCUGAAGAUACAGCAACAACCCGAACUUCAUUCACUGUCCAGGACCUUAAGCCUUUCACAGAGUAUGUGUUUAGGAUUCGCUGUAUGAAGGAAGAUGGAAAGGGCUUCUGGAGCGACUGGAGCAAAUACGCAAGUGGGACUACGUACGAAGCUAGACCGUCGAAAGCACCCAGUUUCUGGUAUAAGAUACCAUCCCAUACUCCAAGCUCUAGAUCUGUACAGUUCAUAUGGAAGACACUGCCUCCUUCUGAAGCCAAUGGGAAAAUCUUGGAUUAUGAAGUGACUCUGACAAGAUGGAAAUCACGCUCACAGAAUUACACAGUUAAGGCCACAAACUUGACAGUAGACCUCACAAAUGACCGCUACGUGGCAAUGCUCACGGCGCGCAACCUGGCUGGCAGAUCAGAUGCUGCCGUUAUAACUGUCCCCGCCUGUGACUUCCAAGCUACUCACCCUGUAACGGGCCUUAAAGCAUAUCCCAAGGACAACAGGCUCUGGGUGGAAUGGACCCCCCCAGGGAGAGCCGUGCGGAAGUACAUACUCGAGUGGUGUGUGUUGUCAGCUAAGUCGCCCUGCGCCCCUGACUGGCAGCAAGACAGUGGUACCACCCAUCGCACCUAUUUAAGAGGGGAGCUGGCAGAGAGCAAAUGCUACCUGAUCACAGUGACACCUGUGUACGCCGGCGGGCCGGGCGCCCCCGAGGCCACGAAGGCGUACCUCAGGCAGGCCGCACCUUCCAAAGGACCUACUGUGCGGACAAAAAAAGUGGGGAAAAAUGAAGCUGUCUUAGAGUGGGACCAGCUUCCAGUUGAUGUUCAGAACGGAUUUAUCAGAAAUUACACCAUAUUUUAUAGAACCAUCAUUGGAAAUGAAACUGCUGUGAACGUGGAUUCUUCACACACAGAGUACACGUUGUCCUCUCUGACUAGCGACACACUGUACAUGGUACGAAUGACAGCGUAUACAGAUGAAGGAGGAAAGGAUGGCCCGGAGUUCACUUUCACUACACCAAAGUUUGCUCAAGGAGAAAUCGAAGCCAUAGUUGUGCCUGUUUGCUUAGCAUUCCUGUUGACGACUCUUCUAGGUGUAUUGUUCUGCUUUAAUAAGCGAGAUCUAAUUAAGAAGCACAUCUGGCCUAAUGUUCCAGACCCUUCAAAGAGUCACAUCGCCCAGUGGUCACCUCACACGCCUCCACGGCACAAUUUUAAUUCAAAAGAUCAAAUGUAUUCAGAUGGCAAUUUCACUGAUGUAAGUGUUGUAGAAAUAGAAGCAAAUGACAAAAAGCCUUUUCCAGAAGACCUGAAAUCCUUAGACCUAUUCAAGAAGGAGAAAACCAGUGCCGAAGGGCACAGCAGUGGCAUCGGAGGGUCUUCGUGCAUGUCCUCCUCGAGGCCAAGCAUUUCCAGCGGGGACGAGAACGAGUCUGCGCAGAACACCGCGAGCACGGUCCAGUAUUCUACCGUGGUGCACAGCGGCUACCGGCACCAGGUCCCGUCGGUACAGGUCUUCUCGAGGUCCGAGUCCACCCAGCCCUUGCUGGAUUCGGAGGAGCGGCCAGAAGACCUGCAGCUGAUGGACAGUGGAGACGGCGGGGGUGGUCUUCUGCCUCAGCAGCAGUACUUCAGGCAGAACUGCACUCAGCCUAAAACCAGUCCAGAUAGUUCACAUUGUGAAAGGUCAAAGCAAGUUGCUUCGAGCAGUGAGGAAGAUUUUCUUAGACUUAAACAGCAGCAGAUUCCAGGUCCUGUUUCACAGGCCUGCGGGGCUGAGCAGAUGAAAGUGUUUCAGGGAGUUUCUGCAUCAGGUGCCCUUGGCACCGAGACUGAGGCACAGGUGGAGAGCCUGGAGGCCGCCGCGGAGGACGGGAUGCCGAAGAGCUACCUUCCGCAGACUGUCAGGCCAGGCGGCUACAUGCCCCAGUGAAGGACUAGUUCCUCCUCCUCCUCCUCCUCCUCCUUCAGCAGUACCCGUGAAGCUAAAAGAUUCUGUCUGUGAUCUCAGAUAAAAAUGCUCUUCACUCCCGGAAGAUGGUCCUUUGCCCUGAAGGGUACAGUCUCACCUGGGCUGUUUCCAUUCCUGGGUAUCUGGGGUUGCACUGUCAGCACUACAGAAACUGACUUUAUCCUCUGAGUACUGAACAAUUUUUUGUUCUUUCUGGAUGUUUGCACUGAAGAAAAUCGGCUCAUCUGCAAUUAUAAAGUAAAAACUUGUGUUUUCCUAUGUAGAAGACAGAAGUUACUUAAGUAAGGACCAGUGAUAUGCCAUACUUCACGCACCUAUACUGGUUUUUAAUUAAUCAUUGAAAAGUGUGUUGGGGAUGGUUAAUUAAAAAAAUAUAGAGUAGCAAGACCUGGAUCCUCCACUUCAGCUGCCCGUAUAAAGUUUCUGAGAGGCCUGGAGGCCUUCAUACCUGAGCCUAGCUUUUGAGGUCUGACACAAAGCAAUGGUGAUGGCAGGUGCAUUUCUAGUUUAAAAACGCACCUGCCACUUGCUCCUAAGAAGAGGACGUUAAGAGCUUUAGCUUGGCAGACUAUACUCAUUUUUUAAUAUGUAAUUUUUAAAAUUUCACUAAGUUUUUUUAAGUUCACUUUUUAUUAUUGACAACUUGGAAGCUCCUCACAAAUUCAGCAGAGUGCCCUGCUGAGAGCUGCUGUGACGGACCCCAUGAGCUCCCCUGAGCAUUUUAAAAUUGCUCUUUGUAAAGGCUUUCUCCUCUACAUACAUGUACGUAUGUGUACAUAUAUGAACAUCAUCAACCUUUGUUAGGACUUCAGAAGAUUUGGUGGAAAAGCACUUUAUGCCAGUAUGUCAUCAUAGUGUAUUUUAAUUGAAUAUGCUUUUCAGAAUGCCAGGGUUGAAGUUUUUCUUUUUUAGUUAGGUAUUUGUAGCAAACUUAGAGGACACUUUUCCCCAAAACAAAAAACCCCCAAAUACACAUACUGGUAUAAUUUUCACAGCCAGUGAUCCUUUUACCUAAAGGGGUCUUUGCUUUUCGUUUGAUUUUCUUUGAGAUAAGCUGCCGCGUGCUGCCUGGUGGCCCUGUCCCCAGGGGCCCAGUCAUCUGCGCAGCCACCUUAGUGGGGGGACCGCAGGUGUGCGCUGCCCGCCCAGCACAUCUGCGUAUUAGCGUAAUCCUCCUCCCAUUGACUCUCUUCAGGGCAGAGGUGGGCCAGACUUCUAGGGUUUAGCACUAAAAUUGCUAAUGCAUUUAUGCCAUCCCCUAUCACAUGUGACAUGGACAAAAGACAGACACCAAGUAAAAGAAAUUGUCACACAUCAUUAAUGAUUGACAGCUACCACCAAGGGAAUUCAGAGGAAACAGAUUUUUCUCAUAUAUUUUGAAUUUUAGAAAACAAGCAGACUUAAAGUAAUUUCUAGGUUAUUAAAAAGGCUAAGAAAAUUGAUAUGCAUUUAUAGUUGAAAUAUUCUACUUUUUACUCUUAGAAUAUUGUUCAGAUUAGACUUCUUGUUAUAUUUUCUUAUUUGUAGUCUUACAUUUGCAUAAUGCCUAAAUACUUUCCUGAGUUCUAUCUCAAAUAUGAUCAUUGUGAGAUGGUAAGUGCUUUGUCCUAAUAGAUCCUGCUUCCUGCUUUAGGCAAAAGCCAGCAUUACCCCGGUGAAAUGACAGGACCAGAAGUGAAGGCGGGAAGUAAGACAGGAGGUCAGGCGGGGUAGGGAACCCGAACUCACACUACACAUAAGGGCGGCGCCGCCGUCCGCGUCCCGACUGGGUUUGUCUUGCUAUGUGGCUGUUCGUCAGGAACAUUGUACUAUUAAAUUUUCCUUUUCUCAAA